UAGCAAACGAAACUUUUUACCCAUACUUGGGUUUCCCGUGUGACAAGGAACGCCUGGUACAUAGGCUAAAAUCACAAGACGAAAGUCAACACAUAUCAGUAUGAAAUUACAAAGUUUAUUAGAAUUAGCAUCCAAAAAAGCCAUCAACGAUCACCGCAGCCUCAAAAUAGACCUCACAUCUCUACCACGGACGAUACUUAACUCGCUGUUGUUUGCCUCCGUUCAGCAAGAUCGGGUAUUAACGCUAGAAACCCUCGUCACAAGAUGGCCGCUGAGGGAGCUCGUUUUACGGAACUGUGAUGCUCUCGAUGAAAGCCACGCCGUAUUGCUUGCUGGGUAUUUACAGAAAAGUGGUCAUGAGAUUCGUGUGGUGGACAUCACGGGAUGUGAUAUUGGUACCAGAGGAACGUCUGCCUUUUGCAGUAUGACUCAGCAUCGCAUAUUGCAGACCCAAAAGCCCUCUACUCCUGACGAGGCUCCCUGCUACAGAACAUCGUCAUUAACUGUGUUUUUAGACUGCAUAGCGAAUCAGGAUAAUUAUUUUUUGGUGAAAGAAGCAUUAGUGGAUCAUACAUCGGUUGAUAUCAAGGUUCACAAGCUGAGCAUAUCAGAGCUUCACCGUUCAAAAUUGUGCUCAUUGGUUUCUUUACUAGAGGCUGAUGUGAUCAAUACGUUACACUGUCCAUUCAACUCCCUGGAACAAGAGGGUGUCGUCACAUUAUGCCGCAGUCUUAUAACUUUCACCAACCUCACAGACCUCAAUCUUGCUUACAACUUGAUCAAACACAGGGACUUUGAAGCCAUAGAUGGACUUGCUUCUACCUUCAGUAUAUUAACAAAUCUUAAGAAACUUGAUUUAUCAGAAAACCAGCUUGGGAGUGGUGUUUGCCAAGUUCUGCAAAGUCUCAAAGUGAAUUUAACACAUCUAAAUAUUGGUGGGUGUGGUAUACGUGAGUCUGAGCUUGAUGCCUUUAUGGGCAUAGACUCAUUGUGUCACUUAGAGGUCUUGGAUCUGUCACGCAACGGGAUGUCUUAUGCAGUGAAAGCUAUGUGUAGGUUUAUCUGCAAGUCUGCAACAAGCCUACGAUUUUUGCUGAUAGAAGAUAAUAUAUUCACAGCAGAGCAUGUUCCAAGACUGUGUCGGAUGCUUAAGAAAUUGUCAUCAUUGGAGACUUUAUUUAUUUGCUAUAACCACCUUAUACCCGAUGAUAUUAAGAUAAUACGCGAAGCAAUACCGAGCGUAGACGUCAUCAAUAGAGAUUACCUUUUCUAGUAAUAGAUUAGGCAGCAGAUUAACUUUCUCAUUUUAAAAACCUGUGAAUGGUUUUCACUAAGCUAACAGAGGACCUUUAUUCUAAUAGCUCUGUAUUAUCAGUUAUGUCUUUGCAUUCUGCUUGAAGGGUAACUGAAGAAUAAGGAAGUUCCAAUGACUCCAUUUAUUACAUGAUUGACACCUUUUCUUUUGUUCUUGCAAGUCCUUUAUUUCACUAAAACACAUAUGAAUAAUUUACAAUCUUAAAAAAUGGGAAGGGCUUGAUGUAUCAGCAGAGAAAAAGUGGGGUUUAAUAUGAACUUGUUAAAUAUGAAUGAGGUUAAUAACUAGAAUACUAAUAAGGAGGAGUAGGUUAAAAACUAGAUAACCGUGAAUACUAAUAAAGGACCAUCAUUUUAAACUGAGUAGAAAUGAGCGAAAAACUUUUUGCCACUGAUAUGAUAACAAGAACAAUUGAACAUUAACAACGCAUCGAUUUAAUUGUCAAGAAAGCAAAAUUUGUAUUUGUAACCUUUGAAAUUCAACAAUAAGUUCAGCCAAAUUUAUAUGUGCAAUUUUGGAAAAUAUUAUUCCACCAGCAAAGUUAGGCUGUGGGGUGGCUAUCUGAGGCGUCUACUCCUUUUGCUUGUUUAUUGUCAUCAACAUUACAGUUCUUGAAAAUAGACAUUUGGCGUUUUAAAAAUAAAUCGCUCUUCUUCGCUUGUCAGUGAGCUUUAUUCUCACAGUGUGCUAACACUGAAACUCUGAGUUACCAUAAAUGACCUAAUAAACGCCCCCUAUCUAAAGAACGCCUCUGAUCUAAUGAACGUCCCUCCCCCUAAGCUUACAAGUUUGUAAUAAACCCCCUAUUUAAUAACCCCCCUCUAUUAAACGCCCCCCUCCCCUCCCCGCUUUCUUCCCUGCCAGCUUAAAAACAAACAACACAGACCCACUUUUUGGCCGGAAAUAUAAAUGGCAAUUAAAUGCUUAACACUGGUAAGCAAGUAGCGUCUUGUUCAAUGUCAAGUCCAAAAUGAGGGUACUGCUCUCUAGUGUUCCUGAUCUCAUUGCUUAGGAUGUCUGCAAUUUUCUUUCGUUUUGUCCUCGCAUUGUAGCAUCCAGGAAUAACAAGGCCUACUUCUCGUUUCCGUGUCAUAGUUUGUAAAGAACGCCCCUUUCUAAUAAACUCCUCCUAUCUAAUGAAUGCCCCCCUCGAACCAUCGAAAUUUAAUAAAUGCCCUGGGAGUUUAUUAGGUCAUUAAGGCUACGAAAAUUUUGCAAUUCAACUCCAACUUUGGGGAUUGAGUCCAAGCAUGGAGCAGCCCUGCUCUGUCUAAAAGUUAAUUUUAAUUGUGUACAGUAUUGAUCUGAGUUUUUCAAAUUUGUGCAAUCAACCACCAACUCUCCUGGGUUUUCUUGCAGGUCAAUAAUAACCUAAACCUUGUUUGAUUUUUCGACAAAAAUAAACUAUUAUUGAGUUUUGUCUCUUUC